CAAAAAACGUCCGGCUUGAAACCGGGUUCAGACCCAAAGUACCGCCCGGUCACCCAAUCACCAUACAUGUGAUUGGCUGCCCGGAUCUGCUCUCACAGCCCAUUGGCCGAGACGGAUGUCCAUCACAGUGGUUCUGCCUCGGGACAGAGGACCGUCCGCACUCUGCUGCUGUCAGCAUUGCUGCAAUAUUGUUAAAGUGAACUACAUAGUUACAGUGUAACAACAGGAUGGGUUUGGAAAGAUCUCUGCAGGUGAAGUGAGGAUCGAGUCAGUGUGUGACAUAAUCCGUGAUGGGGACGAACAGCCAGAGCACCACCGGCAUGGAGACUGAAGAUAACGUCCUAGCUCCUGCUCAGUUUAGCGACGACACUGCAGUGUGCAUCGUUUCUGUGAAAGGCUUAAAGGAGAACUGGCAGAAGUGGUCCAAUGAGCACCAGGAGUACCAGAAGCACAACCCAUUCAGUCAUGACACCAGGCCCAGUGUGGUGGUCCCUCAGAGGGGGCAGGACGACUACGGGAGGCCCCUUCAGGGCUCCAUGACAGAGCAGCGGGGGAAGGAUGCUCACACACACAUCAGCAGAGAGGUUCAGGAGCUGUGUGAGGUGAUAAGGAACAUUGGAGAGCCAAGAGACAAAGACAGGGUCCGAGUGGUCACUGUAGAAUUCGGGAAACUGUUUGAGCGUUAUGUGACUAUCUCUAAUAAACUGGUGGGGAUUCUUCUACGAGCGAGGAAGCAGAGGCUGGUUGAAUUUGAGGGGGAGAUGCUGUGGCAGGGGCAGGAUGACCAUGUGGUUAUCACUCUGUUGCAGUGAUCCAAAACUGGGAUUAGCGUUUAUGCCUUGAUUCACAUGCAGUACAUGCAUAGCGACAUUAUGGCACUUUUAUUUACAAUAAUAAUCUUUUUCUUGCUUACUUAAGAAACCUCAGUUGGUGAAAAUUCACACCACUUCCCUGCACAAUGUACAUUAGGCAUAACUGCUGCAUUUUCUCCUCAUGCUAAAAAACAAGAUCUAAUAAAUCUACUGUAGAGCAGUGUAAAGUGUAGAUAAAAGUUAAUGAACUAUCACUAAUGACACAAUUACACUAGCUGUUAUGAAUUUGGGUCAUACCAAGAAGUCAUCAGCAUGUUGAUAUUUGACUUUUAAAAGCAAUUAAUGGCACUUCAGAAAGUCUACACCAUUUGUACCUAAACUGCAGGUGCACCAGUCAAAAUAUAUACUGUAUGUUUAAGGGGUUUUUGACCCAAUAUUGUCCAACUUUGUAGCUGUGUUCAGAAAUAGUAGAUUUUCAUGCGACUCUCAGUGACGCUGAAUCCUCCGUGCUCUAAAUAACAGUGGAGAGAUUAAAAGAAAUCCCUUUUGCUACAUUUUCUUCUCUAGCUUUUUAAUGCGGUGAAAGUGGAGGAGUGAGCAGCUGAAAUGAAGUCAGAGUGGUUAAUGAGACUGAACCAAAGCCAAAGAGAACAUGAGGCUGCCUGUGACAGACAAUAUGGUGCUAUAGGAUGAACUUGAUCCAACUUGGCUUGGGUGCUCCAGAGCAUGUAUUUAUUACAAGUGUGCUUUGUAAUUUUGGCAGUGUCAUUAGAGUUUGAAACUUGGUAAACCUCCACAGUGAGACAGAUGUUCUAUGAACUAAACAUGGUGCUUUAAUGGACUGAGAAUUACAUAGUAAACUAUGCACUGACUGAUAUAAGCCAUGAUAUCUGCUGCUAUUAAACAUAAUGGACAUGCAAACUAAUACCUUUUUGAGCAUAAGGCAGUAGUAUAUUGAACAACUACCAAGUACUGCUGACUGUAUAAUAAAGAAAGAAAGAACAGUGCCCUCUCUGUUA